AUGGUAAAAAGUAUAAUAAAAAGACCUUGCUGUGAGGCUAAAAACAGCAAAGGAAGAAAAAUAAUAUGGCAAGAGUGUCCGGAAAAAAAUAAGAUUAUCUUUUAUUUGGAUGAUGACCUUGAUUUUUACGACGUAAGUAACGAGCCUCGCAUUGUUUUGGGUGAUGGUUACUAUGUAAAACAAUUCAAAAAAUUUGACUACGUAGAUAUUAAUUUAGAUAUUGUAUUGGAUUAUUCUUACGAAUAUGCUAUUACUGCACGUGAAGCUUUAAUAAGACCGGCGUCAUCAUCAGUUUCUCGUCGUUCUUCUACUCGCAAUGAAAUGCUUAGGGCUUCGUCGGUUGAUCCAACAGCCUUGGCUAUAACUCGUGAAGGGAUGAAUAGGGUGGACCGAAAUCAGCAAAAUGAAUUUGAAUACAAAAUGGAGGAUAAUUCUGGAAGUAAACAUCAUGGAGAUUUUUCUUCUGACCCCGACCACUUUGGGUUUAGGUGCCUAGGUUGUAGAGACGUUAAUACUAAUAUACACAAAGGGUAUAAUGAUAAUAAGUGUCGGAUUGCGGGUUGUUCUCAAAAGUCUUAUUACGAGUGUAUGGAUUUGUGUUUAAGUCAUUCUAAGCCAUGUCAAGGAACGUAUAUGGGAAAGAAAUGCAAUUUCGCACUUGGAAGUGAUGAAGGGGACUUUUGUGAGAGAUGCAAAAACCAAACUGAAACUUAUCAACAAAGAAAAGAUAGAUUAGAAACCAAAAGCACGCAAGAAUUCGAAAAAUUCCGACAAGCCUAUGAAAAAGCCCAAAAUUAUUGA